CCGGCGGAGCCCACUAUGCCAGACACUUUCGACACUUUGCAAAGACAAAGAGCCCUAGACCGGAGGGAGGAGAGAGGAGGAGGCAGAAGAGGAGGUAGAGGAGGACCCGGAGGUGUGAGCUGGCCGGGCCGUGACUUUGAUGAACUGAAAAUGCCAUCCAGAAGCGACUGGCACCUGCCGGGGCAGUGCUGAGCGAGGGUCAGCGCUGUGGAUCCGGACAGUUGUAUCUAUGAGCCAGAGGUAGACAGUGGCUCAGCCUCCUGAGAUGAAGACUCUGAGACUCAGAGAGGUCAAGGGACUCCACUGACGUGGCACAGCAGAUAUUCAUCAAGCUCUGUACCUUCUUGGAGAUGUCCUUUAAGUUCCCAUCCCUGGUGACAGCCUGGGAAACACAACACUCUAAUUAAGGAUUAUCUCAAGCCACACUUUCUGGAGGAGGGUGGCCAAGCAGCCAGCCCCACAUCCUGUACCAAGACUUUCUUACAGGUCCUUCAGGAGAUCACUCAGGCUGAGGAUUACACCUUGAUCCCUUUUGCGUGGGGGAGAACAUUGCUCUCCCCAGCCUGCAUUAACCUCAUCAAGUCACAGUUUCAACUUUUCUUGGGGUUGCAAAAGAAGCAGACUACGCUGUUUACCCAAAGGAAGACAACACAGUCACCAACUGCAUCUCAUGGUCCGCCAUCAUGUGCCACACAGAGAUAUCCCAAGCCCAGACCUAGACCAAAAUUCACCCUAGCUGCCUCAGAGGUCUCCCCUUCCUGCUGCCUGCUCCUGUGUCUCUGGAGUCUGCCCAUCUCUACACAGGGCCUCUCUCCUCUCUGUGACCACCACCCCCAUUAACACAGAGAACCCAGCAAAGUGUGAAGAUGGUGAACAUGAGGAAGAGGAGCCUCAAGUGGCUCACCUUCCUCCUGCUUCUCUUCUUCCUCACCUCCUUCGUCUUGAACUACUCGAGCAUGGGAAUGCCCACUGCCUGGUUCCCUAAGCAGAUGGUCCUGGGUUUCUCCGACAACUUACGCAAGCUCAUCAAGUCACAGCCGUGCACCUGCACACACUGCAUCAGCGAAGACAAGGUCUCGCCCUGGUUCGACCAGCGCUUCAACAAGACCAUGCAGCCGCUGCUGACAGCCCGCAAUGCUCUGAUGGAAGAGGACACAUAUCAUUGGUGGUUGAGGCUCCAGCGGGAGAGGAAACCUAAUAACUUGAGUGACACCGUCAAGGAACUGUUCCACGUGGUACCUGGGAAUGUGGACCCUGUGCUGGGCAAGAGAUUGGUGGGUUGCCGGCGCUGUGCAGUCGUGGGAAACUCUGGGAACCUGAAGGGCUCCUCCUAUGGGCCUGAGAUUGACAGCCACGACUUCGUGGUGAGGAUGAACAAGGCGCCCACGGUGGGCUUUGAGGCAGAUGUUGGGAGCAGGACCACCCACCAUCUUGUGUAUCCGGAGAGCUUUCGGGAGUUGGGAGAGAAUGUCAGCAUGAUCCUGAUCCCCUUCAAGAUCACCGACCUGCUGUGGGUGGUCAGCGCCACCACCACGGGCACCAUUACUCACACCUACGUCCCCGUGCCCCCGAAGAUCAAAGUGAAAAAAGAGAAGAUCCUGAUCUACCACCCAGCCUUCAUCAAGUAUGUCUUUGACAGAUGGCUUCAGGGGCAUGGGCGGUACCCAUCCACUGGCAUCCUCUCGGUCAUCUUCUCCAUUCAUGUCUGUGAUGAGGUGGACUUGUACGGCUUCGGGGCAGACAGCAGAGGGAAUUGGCACCAUUACUGGGAAAACAACCCAUCUGCGGGUGCAUUCCGAAAGACUGGGGUGCAUGAUGCGGACUUCGAGUACAAUGUCACAACCACUCUGGAAGCCAUCAACAAAAUUCGCAUCUUCAAGGGGAGAUGACGCCGCGACCCAUUAAGGAUGGACAUACCACAUCUCACCUCUCAACUUGCAGCCCCAGCAUCUCACUGGAGCCAUUCUGUUCCAGAUGUUUCCAGGGCUGAACUUGGGGUGUUCCCAGGCUUGCUGGCAGCCUCUUGCACCCUCAUUUUGGUAGCAUCCAUUUGACAUAGCUGUCCAACUCUCCCAGGGUACAGAGGAAGUCUCAGGCCUCUCUAAGGUUGGAACACUUCUCCACUGUGGUUCCCCAAGUGGGAGAAAGUGGGAAGAUACUGAGAAUGGGCUAAACUCUGAAUAAUGAAUGAUGGGGUGGGGUGGAUAAGUCCCGAAGAUUGCUAUGUUCAAAAAAGUGGGCAUUUUCUGGAAGUCAUUUGGAGGCUGCCACUGAACUGUGGACUUCAAGCUCAACUCAGACUCUGACUGGGGUGUUUGUGACAGUUAUCUCUGGAGCAGAGCCACAGUGGGCUACACCAGCACUGGGGCAAGAUACUGUUCUCCUUUGCAUGAAGCCUGGCCUGUCACUUGAUAUGGCAUCCCCGUUGUCCCUUUCUUCCAAAAGCUCACCUAUGAUGGCUGGGAAGAGCUUCUGAUCGCAGGGGUCUUCCUUCGAAAGCUGGCCAUGUUACUGACAGGAGGGAAACCCUCUUCACCAUCCUGUGUGAUCACCCUCCACAAUGAGACAUUUGUAUGAACAGAGCAGGUUUGACUCCUUCCACGUGCCUUUGAACUUGAGGAAGAAACGCAUGCAUUGGCUGACACGAAGCAAAAUCCCCAACUGGAGAAAGGAGACCUCCAUCAGCACCCCGCUGCCUAGCUCAGAAUCUCUUCUCUGAGGAUACUUUGUACCAUUCAGAGUGUGCCAGGCAUGGGAUGGGUGCUCACUUCUCUUCCCUCAGACUGUUGGGUUCAGGACCACUGAUAACCAGCAUCCUCCCCUGGGUCCUGAACACUGGAUCAAGUCUCUAGCAGCCACCUUCCUAGAGUCCUUGGGGUCACAAUGAGGACCCCCUAGGAACACAACUGAAAUGCAUGUACCUCUUCUCACUUCCUCUGUCCUCCCCUUCUCCCUACAGACUUCCUGUUAUUUAUUGAUUUGUUCAUCCAGCCAACCCUGUGCACUCUCUUCCCCAAUGCUGCUCGUGGUGUUUCUGUUGCUUUGCCUGGCAAGCGGAAGUAGGACUAGAAAGGAAAGCGUCUGAGCAUCCUGGAGCUAUGUGUUGAGACAUCAGGACCGGGAGCUAGCUGUUGGGCAGAUCGUAUGGUACUAAUGAUCCUUUGUACACCCAUAUCACCUCCCUUUCUAGUACAGCUGACUUGCCUACUUCCUCGUUGCAGAAGGGAAUUCCCUCAGACUGGGACUUCCGGCCUCAAUGACGAGACAACUCCUUGGUGAGGGAAUUGGACAAGGGUGAACAGGCACUGACCGUAACUGUCGCCCCCUUACAGAUGUUCAACAAGAGAAGCCUCUGCUUCUGUUGACAGUAUGCCCUAAAGACCACUGCAGCUUCAUCAAAGCAGAAUAUGAGAGCCGUAUCUUGAGGGUUGGGAGACCUUCACUUGCUUAGGCUCCCCUCUACAGUGUGAGCUCAGGGGUCUCAAUCAGGGACCACACACAGCCUUCAUAGGCAUCACCAAAGAGCAGACACCAACAUUGUCGUUUUCCAGGAGUCGGUCCUGUGAGUGGCUUUGCUGUAACUUUUUUUUUUUCAGUUCUCCAAGACUCAGAAUCCAGGCUUUUAAUGGCGGAACAUGAUGCUUUACUUUGAAAAUCUUUCCGACAUAAGACCCUUGACUGAAAAAGCUGAACUCUUGUGAGAUCCUCGCUCUGGAGAGACAGUCUCAAUUAUCCGAAUGUGAGGAACUCAGCAGGUGUUUGCUCGUCAGUGGACAUUGGCGUAGGGGUGGCCACUCAGGUGUCCUGAGUUCCACUGCACGAGAGUUCCACUCUCACCUGUAGUGAGAGUGUAGCCAUGUCUAGCUGAACACAACUCAGGAAACUCUUCUAGUCCUCAUCGGCCCCUCCCACUCCCUUUCCCUGCCUCCCUUCCUCCCUCCCCCCUUUCCUGUCCCUCCUCCAGCCAAGGAGCCAGCCUUUCUCUUUCCCAUAACCCUUAGCCUCCCCUGCGAUUCUCUGGCUUAGCAGUGGGCUCUUAACUGAAUCAAAUACAGCCCGCUGUGGCCAGAAUUAACUCCACCAAUUCAUUUAAGGUAAUUGGAGCUUUCCUUGGGGGUGUGAGUGACUGAGAACAGGAAGGGCCUUUCCCAAAGAGACUGGUCUGGCUGCUGACAGAAGCGCUGGUUCGGGCUACAGUGCAUAGAGCUGAUCAGGAAGCUGCUAAGUCCAGGGGAAACGAGGGGAGUCUCAGCAACACCCUAGACUAUGAGCCAGGAGACUUGUGUUUCCUGUGCUGCUCUUAAGGGAUAGAGAAGCAAAUCUGUAGUCUUUAGUUCCCAGAAGAGACAAGCCAGUGAGGAAAAUCCUUACAUUGAUACCUUAGGUUGGCUUUGGGGCAUCAAGCAACAGCCAUUAAACCGUGUGGAUUGGGCUAGUGGGUGGGUACAGGAAGAGUAAAGGAGACCAGCAGCUAGCUAGGGCCUGAAGGUCUGGUGCUGCAGUCUCCAUUGUGACCACAUGGGGCUGCUAUAGGCCCAUCACACCUUCUGGGAACAGGCCUUCCCUGUCAAAUGUGGGAAGGACCAGAGUGGAUGACCCAGAGAUUGGUUUUUACCUGUGCCCUUCAAAGUAGCCCGAACAUGCAGGGUGGGAGAAGCCCUGGGUGCCCACUGCCCACCAGGGAAUAAGGUGACAAGUUCAUGCCCACAAGGAGCUGACAGCUAAAGCCACGGGUUCCACCAUAGUCACCCGAGGUGAGAAAGAUUUGGCCUUGACUGCUCAGCCACCAUGGCUAGCCACUUUUGAGAUACCACCGGCUUUCCUCUCGGCACUUUCUCCUGUGCCUCAGGUAAACCUUGAAGAAACAGGGAGGGUGAGGAGGAAGGCAGAGACCGGCAGAGCAGCCUCAGAGUGUAGUGACUGCAUCGUUACCCAAGCAGCCUGUAGCCUCAGUCAGGCCCAGCCUUGAGCCUGCUUCCGCUUGCUGCUCUCCUUCCACGAAGGGAGGACCCCCUCUUCACACCCCACCCACCACCACUCUGCUCACUGAGCUUUGACCUCCGCUCCUCCUGCCCAGGGUCUGUGCCAUGGCACCCGCUUUAAUCCUUUCUCCAGAGCUUCGUCUGGAUCUUGCUUGCCCGUCUAGGUGGAUGUGGUUCCCUCCUGCACCCCCAGACCCCUGCACAAUCACUUUAGCCCUUUCCCCAGAGCCUGAUCUGGACCGUGCUCAGCUCACUCCUGUAGGUGGCUGUGGGUCCCUCCUGCACCCCCAGACUCGUGCACAAUCACUUUUCCCAGAUCCCCUUCAGAGCCAAAGUCACCCAAGCACUUUCCCUCCCAAGGUCUUCUCCGCCCUUGCUUCCGGCGCAUGUUCCAGCGUCACUCAUUUAAACUUUGCUUUUUUGUGGCCCCGUCCUGUAACCCUCCUGAUUGCUCUGAAUGCAUUUCCAGUGACGUUGGUAAGUCGGCCUUCCUCAGCCCCUGCUUCGUUUUAUUUAUUGUUGAAUAUUUCCAAUGAUCCGAAUCAAAGUGAAUAAAAAGAGCUAUUUUAUUGUU